CUAUGGUGAAAUCCAAAGAAAGGUGAAGCUAAACAAAAGGGUAGCAUGUAGAUAACAUUUACUAAAUUAUUAGUAAAUUACAAUAUAAAAGUAACUUAAUGCAUGUAAUCAUAUAUCGCAAUUAAGUGAGUUUAAGUGUUUUAACAUACGCUGUUCCAUACAAGCUCUUAUAAUGAAGUACAAUGCAUCGUGUAAUGGUGGCCAUUAAAAGAAAUAAUUAUGAAUAUUGGCAUACUACAUAUCAAAUAAAAACUCAAAAUUACCGUGCUCAUUGUGUAUAGUGCAUCUAUAUAAGUUACAACUGGACAAUAUGUAAACAAACGGAUCGCUUGUGCUGUACGAGUGUUUUGAAUUGAGUGUAAAUAGUGAGUUUACCUUACGAUGGCCCAGAAUCAAGGGGAGAUUCAGGUGACACAGAAUCAACCCGUGAAUAAGGAUAAAGAUAUAUAUGCUUGCCUUCCCGAUAUACGUACAAAUGGUCCCUUGGGACCAGAUGAGCCAUGUCCAGGUGGUGAAGAACUACGAUGGUUGCCAGCUCAGGCUACUGACCGGGAUUUGGUUAUGUAUUUGAGAGCUGCACGUUCUAUGGCUGCAUUUGCCGGUAUGUGUGACGGAGGUUCCCCUGACGAUGGCUGUGUAGCCGCAAGUCGUGAUGAUACAACAAUUAAUGCACUUGACGUUUUACAUGAUUCUGGUUAUGAUCCAGGUCGUGCUUUACAAGCUCUCGUGAAAUGUCCUGUCCCUAAAGGGAUUGAGAAGAAAUGGUCAGAAGAAGAGACAAAAAGAUUUGUGAAAGGUAUAAGACAAUUUGGUAAGAACUUUUUUAAGAUCAAAAAAGAUUUAUUGCCUCAUAAAGACACUGCAGAGUUAGUGGAGUUCUAUUAUUUGUGGAAAAAGACACCAGGUGCUAGUAGUAACCGACCGCAUAGAAGGAGACGACAAGCAUUAAGGCGAGUCCGCAACACAAGAAACUCUCGGGCUGGGACCCCUAAAGAGCAAACACCUGAGGCAACACCUACAAUGCCUGAUACUAACGGUUCCAGACCUUCACCAAAUCCUAAAGAGGCAGGUGAAAUGAGUUCAGUUACGGAAGAUGAAAAUUCUGAAGAUGAUAGUGAUUCAAGGGAUGCGGGAGAUUUAGCUAAAGCUGAUAAUGGCAGGAGUGGAGAUAAUCCAGAUGAUUCACCUAGUAGGAUGAGAACUAGAAAUAAAUCUAAAGAGCAAACAACACCAAGUAGUAAAAAGGGUCAAGAUGAAAGUGAUACUGACACCAAGGCCAAGAAACCUAACAAACCAAAUACACAAAGUACAAACAACAAUAAUGACAAAGUUCCUUCCUCUCCUGUUAGUAAAGAUACUAAGAAGAAAGUAGCAAAUGGUAAAGUUGUUGUUGAUGUAUCAAAGGUUAAGAAACGCCUUCCUGAUGAUAGUAAAAUAGAAGGCAUAAUGGAUGGUGAUGUACAAAUGAAGAAAAAGAAAGCAGCUGAACCACCCGAAAGCCCAUCAGAAAGUCUAACAAAUGAUAGUUUUCCAGCCAUGGAUGAAACUGAAACCCCAGAGGCUGAACCUGAAGCAUGUGACUAUAGUAUUAAUAAGACUGAUAAAGAAAAUAUAGAACAAAAUAAGGAACCAGAGAUGGAACAACCUACUAAACCCAUUGAACCACAAAUUAAAGUAGAAGCCAAUGUUGAACCAAUAAUUAAGACAGAAAAGGAUGCAUUGCCUCCUGUUUUUAAAGUGAGUGCAGAAAAAGAAAAUAGAGCUGUAUUAGACUUAAAAACUGAUACAGCACCAGCUAAAGGUCAUGAAAACAUUGACCCCCGGACUUUUACAGUGUUUCCCAAGACUGAACUUAUUAUACCUAAAGUUACUCCAAUGACAACCGAGGCUAUGGAAAAAAUUAAGAUUAAGGAAGAGAUAGAUACAGAUGAUCAGUCAAUGAAUUUACAAAAAGAGGAAUUCCAAAAAGAUCCAUUGGCUCAAAAUUACCCAGCUCAUUCAAUCAACCAAGUAAAUAAACCUAUGAUUAUGGAACAUACAAACUUCUUUGUGAAAGAUAGCCAUAUAUAUAAUCCUAAAUUAAGCCACAGCAUUAAAAUAGAAGGUGUUCCAAAUCCAAUAUUUAAUCCAGUCAAUAUUAAGGAUACUAAUUCUAUAAUAAGGAAUGCUAAAGAUUAUUCAAACAAUGUGCCUCCAUUCCCAUACACAUCUAACAUUAACUUUGCAAAUGAUGCAAAUAAACACAACCCCUUAAUAAAUCCCUUGAAAACUGUGAUUAAAUUAGAACCAAGGGAUGAGGCAAGUGAAAUGAAAAAUCAAAAUACACCAGAGAUAUUUACAGCAACAAUAUCAACAGCAAACAAAGUUGAUUCUCCUAAUACUCCCAGAUUGGAAUCUUUGCAAAGAAUAAGUCCAUCACCAACAAGUGUGCGUGGAUCAUCUCCUCCUCACAUGGAACAUCCAUCUGCAACAAAUACAGAACCUAUUUCUCCUGCAAAUACUCAAGAAAUGAAAUCACAGGAAUCAGAUGCAGAUGAUAAACAACCUACAGAUUUAAAAACACAACCCAUGCCAAAAGCUGAUAAUCAAAAUACUAACUUAAGACCACCAAUAUUCCCAGCGCCAGUUAGACCGGAAAAUCUUGGAAUUAGACCAACUGAAGUACCAAAUAUACCCGUAUCAGGUCACAGCAUGCCCCCACCUCCUCUCAGCCAGCCUUCAAUUUCUGGACUGUUACCGCCAGGACCUUUAAUAUCUGUAAGUGGUGGAGGGUCUAACAUUGGUCCUUAUGGAUUCAUGCCAUCCUCAUUAUAUGGUCAUACUGGACAUCCAGGUUUGGAAAAACCAAGUUCAUUACCACCUCUUAUGCAACAAGUGCCUCCUUCACAUAGCAUUUCAGGUGGAAAUAUGAUGCAAUCUCAAUCAAAUCAAAAUGAUCCAUCAAUGCCUCAAGACCUGAAGAUAAAACAAGAAGUUCCAGAUAAUAUGCCUGCUAAUCUUUCUACUCAAAGUGUAUCUGAUCCUCUGCAGUCAUUGAAAGAAGUGAAAGUACCAGGAUAUCCAAUUGGAAGUUCAAUAGCACAACAUUUGAGCUCUGAAAGGGACAGAGAAUCAAUGUCAAGUGUUGAAAACAAUAGUAGACCUCCAAGCCAACCUACAAAUGAAAAUUCAAGUAUGCCAAGUGCUUUCCUCGGUCCUAGAAUAGAAAGCAUUAAGAAAGAGCCAGACUUCUUGCAUCAACCUCACAUUACUCCAGUAUCUACGAGUCAAAGCAGUGGAAUGGAUUCAUCAAGCACUAUUCCUCCCGUUAAAAGCCCACAUACUCCAACACCUAUAAAAAGUCAAUCAAGUCACAAUGGGACUCCUAGUCACCCUCACCCAUCUGCUACCACAUCUCCAUUUUCAAGACACCUCACGAGUCCCUCACAGCCCAGACAAAUUUCAGCAUCUCCCGUACAACCAAAUACUCCUGUUUCACAUUCAGCUCUAAACUUGAUGAAUCCCACUCCAUUAUCAAUUCCUUCAACAAUGGCGGGCCCUGUUCUGCAUUCAAGUCAACAGCAUGGGCCUCCCCCACCACAUCCUUUUGCGUCGCAUCUACACCAUCCUCAUCAUCCAUUACUUCAUCCAUCUUCAAUAUUUCAGCUUUCUGCAGCUGCUGCAGCACAUGCUAUGCAUCCAUACUAUUCCCACCCUCAUCCUGGUUACUCAAUGCCAUAUCCAUAUCCGUAUGGUCCAUUACCACAGCCGCAUCCGAUACCCCCAAUGCAUCCAUCGUCAAGCACACCUGGAAGGCACGAUCCGUCAAAACCAUCUACCAUAGAGUCUACAACCAUGCUUAGCGCUCAUCAUAGUACUAGUUCAUCUGUUACGACAAGAUCUUUGAGAGAAAUAUCCGAAACUACAGAAGAUCCAAGGAAUCCAAAUGCCACAACUGAGCGUCACCAAUUGCAUGAAACUACUAUGACGCAUCAUCAUUCUACGAGUCACCACAGCGCUGUUCACACCAGUACGGAAAAACAACCUAGUCAUGUUGGCGGUGGGACAAAUCAUACUCUGUCUAUAUCACACUCAACUUCAAGCAGCUCCUCCCAAUCUAUACAACAUAAGAUAAAUACACAACAGAAAACCAGUUCCCAUUCAAGUUCUCCGCACCACCUUUCAGCAAGUGUUUCUCAGACAACCAGCUCUUCGUCGAGCGUUAAUGUCACAAAUAAUCAUACGCAUCAUCAUUCGCAUCAUUUGGCUCAUCACCCCGAAAGACUUUCUCCCGCAGACUCUAUGCUUCUCCGACACCAUCCAAAGAUGAUGCCUGGAAAUCCAAACCAUCUUAUGAUUCAACCACCUUCAAUGGGCCAUCCUAUGAGCCUUGCCCUACCUCCUGGCCCGGGUCCAAGUUCAAUUGAAAGUUUGCGAUUACACGCGCAAGCUGCAGCUGGAUUACAAGCAUCUCAUGGUAGAUCUGGGUCGCCUCAUCAACUUGCACCUGGACAUCCACAUCUACGUGGUCCACCCCGGCCUAUACCUGAUGAUAAUCCUGAAUUAAAAUUAGAGACACAAUCACAACCUGAAGAGGAAGAAAUUCCAAGUCCGGCUCAUAUUCCUCAUGGACCUAGCCCAGAACCUAAAAUAGAAGACACAGAAUGUCAUCGAUCACAAUCUGCAAUAUUCCUAAGACAUUGGAAUCGUGGUGAUUACAAUUCAUGUACUCGCACUGAUCUUAUAUUCAAACCAGUGCCAGAAUCGAAACUUGCACGUAAACGGGAAGAACGUUUGAGGAAACAAGCAGAAAGAGAUAGAGAGGAAAGAGAAAAAAUAGCUCAACAAGCACACAGAAAAAUAGCAACACCAGAAAAGCCCGAUACAAAACCGCCAUCAAGAGGUGCUAUCGAAACAAUAACAUCUCCGUACUUUCCAAGACCGCCUGGAUAUCCUGACUCACCAUCUUUACGACAGCUUUCUGAUUAUGCUAGGCCUCACGCUGGUUUUAGCCCAGGAAAUCUGCCUCGUCAUUGUAUGGAUCCAAUGCUUCAAUAUCAAUUAAGCUCUAUGUACGGUGCUGCUGGAGCGCGUGAACGUCUUGAACUAGAGCAUCUUGAAAGAGAAAAGAGAGAUAGAGAAAUAAGAGAAUUACGAGAAAGAGAGUUGAAUGAUAGACUAAAAGAAGAACUGCUCAAAAAUAAUGUAGGACCACGUGCUCUCGAUCCACAUUGGUUGGAAAUGCAUCGGAGGUAUGGAAUGCCUCCACCGCCUCCCCAAGGUGCAAUACCAGUCCAGUUCGGUUUAUAUCCACCUGGGCAUGGCCCGGGCGCGCUUUCACAGUUAGAGCGCGAACGACUAGAGAGAUUAGGUAUACCUCCAGCAGGUGCAGGAGGUCCACCCCAAUCGGUGCCUGUUACUGGUGCUCCCCCUCACCACCCACAUCAUCCACACCCUGGCGUUGCCGCGGCACAAUUAGAAGCGGCUGAAAGAUUAGCGCUCGCCGCUGACCCUAUGGUGCGUCUACAAAUGGCGGGAAUAAAUCCUGAAUAUCACGCGCAUACCCACGCUCACACUCAUGCGCACUCUCACACCCAUUUACAUCUACAUCCUGGACAACAAGCUGCUGCGCAAGCCCAGCAGGAUGCAUUGAGUUUAGGACUUGGAGCUGGUGCUCCAUACCGACCACUGCCUCACCCUGAUUUGCUCGGGAGACCUUACGCCGAGCAACUAGCGCAACAGGCAGCAGCUCACGAGCAGCUUCAACGACAGCUGUUAUUGGAGAGAGAAAGAGGAUUUCUACAUCCAGCACAUCACGAAGACUUCCUCCGACAGCAAAGGGAACGGGAACUGAAAGUGCGGGCGCUAGAAGAAGCCGCUAGAGCUUCGCGUCCGUAGUACGCCGCGCGCCCUAAGCCCGACAAUGACGUAGUCUUGAUCGAGUAAAGGACGCCCCCACAGACUAUAGCCUUGUAAAACAUAUACAUUAAAGUGUUCACGCGAUAGUGCUACGAGAUUGAGGACCGAACUAUUUUAUUUCAAAAGUGUGAUGACACCUGUAAUUUAUAUACAUAAGUAUUUAAGUUUUUUUAAUACUUUUAUAGCAUGGCCGUAUAGUACGCUUUUAAUCCAUGCUCAAAUUUAUUUCUUAACUACUAGUCAUAAUUAAAUUUUAUUUGUAGAGGAUGAAACAUGAGUCACACAGUGUGGUUUUAGUUUAAAUUAUUAAUGUUUUGUAUGUUUUAAUAAUAACAGUUUAUGGGUGCUGGAUAGCAUUCAUGUGAAUGGCCACAUGAUUAGUUUUUAUGUAAAAUGUAAUAAUCUCAACACUUAUGUUCAUGACAUAAUAAUUAUCUAUAUUUAAAUGAGGUUGUAAAAUAAGUCUAUUAGGGAUUCCGCUGUUUAUCUGUAACUAAAUCGACUAUUUGUUAAUACCUGCUGGCUAAUUUUAUGAUUGUUAGUUUAUAAACAAUAAGUUGUAUUUACAUAUCAAUUUGUACAAUAAUACGAUAAAAAUGUUUGAAAAAUUCAAAAGUGCACGACUCAUAAUGCUCAAGAAGAAAAUAUGUGCUUAUUAUAGUUUUUCAUAAUAACUAUCAAAUGACGAUAAGAUAACCAUUUUCAAUACCAUAUUCGUAUAGAUCUAAAUAUAAAGGUUAUGAAAAAACAAACUGAUUCAAUUAAAUAGUUUUUAUGCAAGUUAUCGUGUUUCAAAGAAAAAAAAGUGUUGGCUGACGGGAUUUUUUUUUUUUACUAUUUCUUUUUUUUUCUGGUGCUGUUAUCUUAAAUUAAUAUUUACCAGUGCUGAAUUAAUCUCCAUUAAAUUAUCUAUAAAAUGAUGCGUAGAUUCAAAAGAUUACGAGGAUUAUAAAUCGAGCAAUUAAUUAAAUGUGGCACCGAGGUUAAUCGAAUUUUUCGGUAGUAGAGCACUCUUGCUUCGCAUUAUGAGUCGUGCAAUUAAUUCGAUUUUUGAAAAGAAAGUUUAAACAGUUUCCGAAUCUUUGUAACUCGAUGAUACUUGAGUAUCAUUAGAGUAGACAUUAUUAUUUAAUUAAUUAUUUUAGUUUGCGACAGGCUAAGUUCUUGGUGCAAAUUUAAUUGGCUGGAAUGGAGAAAAAUAUUACAAUGAAAUUGUAAAAAUUUUUAUAAUUAACAUUUUCUCCACAAAUGCAAUUAUAUGCAAGUAAAUCCCAGUAUCUAACAAUAUUUGUGUAAAUUAUAUUUCUAUAUUUUUAAGUUGUAAUAAAGUUUGGAGUUAAAGCGAAAUUUUAUUGAGUACAAAACAAUUUUACAUACCGAUACGAACAAUUAGAUGCAAUAAUACAUUAAUUAGAUACAUAAGCCGAAUUAACAUUUUAAUAUUUACUACUUAUGGUUAGUGUACACUGUGUAAUAUUUGUUAUAUAUACGCUUAGUGUGUACUAAGCCUAAGAAGUUUUAUAGAGGCAGUAAAUAUUUAAUUAUCUAUUGGUUCUAUUUUAAAUGUAAGACUUGUAAUUCUCACCCAAUGUACACAUUGAAAUAAUUCUAAUGCACUACAUUGUAAAAUAAACCCAUUUGUAACAAAUUAUAGAAUUGUAGAGUUGAUUAAUGAAAAUUAUAGGUUAUCAUAGAUGUAAUAAAUUAAAAACGUCGCUUAGUAGGUAUUAUGUUCAUAAUGCCAUAGUUACUUUCUGAUAUUUAAAAGAGAAAUGAGUAUUAUUUUUAGAUACAAAUUAUAUCUUUAAUUAAGAAGUUGCGUGUCGAUUUAACGUCAUUUAUUUAGACAAUAAGGUUAAAUGGAUGUCUUAGUGCUUUUGUGUAAAUUUUUUGAAUAAUAUAUGUGGAAAAAUUCA